AUGGUACCAUUCGACUCAUCUCGCCGAGACGAAUCGAAUGGUAUAUAUUUUGACCCGUUUCUGAGUGGGCCACCGGCUAAAUUUAAAGAAAUUGAUUUUAAAAAAGCUGAAGCUAUUAUUGAUUUUUGUGAACCUGGAGGACAAGAAAUUGGAAGGGCAAAAAUAUUGACUAUAAAUGGCUUUCGCCGACUUCUCCAAUCCCGUUGGGGUAACAUUUUACGUGAAGGACACGAAACUGUAUUUAUGGAUAUGGACCAGCCUUUACAUUGUUAUUUUAUCAAUUCUAGUCACAAUACUUAUUUAACUGGAUUACAAGUACAUGGAAAUGCUACAAUUGAAGGAUAUAUUUGUGCUUUAAAAAAGGGAUGUCGACUAUUAGAAUUAGAUAUAUUUGAUGGAGAGAAUGGAGAACCUCAAAUAACACAUAAACACACAUUUAUUGCACCAAUAUCUUUAAGAAAUGUUUUAAAUUGUAUAAAACAAUAUGCAUUUAUUCAAAGUUUGUAUCCAGUUAUUUUAACAAUUGAAAAUCAUGUUAGUCCAUUACAACAAGGAAAAAUGGCUGAAAUAUUUGUACAGAUUUUGGGAGAACAUUUAUAUAUUCCUCCAUUAAAUGCUUUAAUUCAUCCACUUCCAUCCCCCAACUUUUUAAAAAAUAAAAUUUUAUUGCGUGGAAAGACUUUACAAACAUUUACAAAUUCAUCAACAACAUCUUCUAGAAAUUCAUCAUCAAAAAAGAAAAAUUCAAAAAAUUUGGAAGAAUUUAAAAGAGAAGGAAGUGAAAAGUCUAAUUCAACCCCUCAAUUACUUAUUGACCCUAAUUUUGGGAAAUUAAUCGCUUUGCCGAGUUUUAAGAUAUCUCCAAACAAUAUUUUUAUGGAUAUUAAAGAACGUUAUUUGAAGUAA